GGUUCGGCCCGCCAGGCUGGCGCGGCUCAAUGGAGGGCUAUGGGAAGCUCGGCCCAGAGUGACCUGGCUUGUGAAGCGUUACUGGGUUAAACUGGAAUCGAAACAGGACGACGCCAGCCCCCCCUGGUCCUAAAAAGGGCCUGCCUGCUGACUGCCCUCUCAGGAAAGAUGGGGAAGGGCUACAAGGUGGUGAUUUGUGGAAUGGCCUCGGUGGGAAAGACUGCGAUUUUGGAGCAGCUUCUCUAUGGAAAGCAUACUGUUGGCUUAGAGGAGGGUGCCACAAUGGAAGAUGUGUAUUUGGCAUCGGUGGAGACAGACCGAGGCGUAAAAGAACAGUUACGGCUUUAUGACACCAGAGGUCUGCAGGAGGGUGUAGAAUUGCCAAAACACUAUUUCUCUGUCGCUGAUGGCUUUGUUCUUGUGUACGCCGUGACCAGCCUCGAAGCUUUCCAAAGAGUCGAACUGCUCAAGAAGGAGAUAGACGUCUUUAGAGACAAAAAGGAGGUAACAGUUAUUGUCUUGGGAAACAAAACUGACCUCCUGGAACAAAGGCAAGUGGAAACAGAAGCAGCACAGCAAUGGGCGAGGGCUGAGAAAGUGAGACUGUGGGAAGUGACGGUGACAGAUCGGAAAACACUGCUUGAGCCCUUCACCUUCUUAGCUAGCAAACUCUCCCAGUCCCAGAACAAAUCAACAUUUCCCUUGCCUGGAAGGAAGAGCAAAGGGAAUAACUGUGAUAACUGAGCUACCUUAACGUUGUCUGCUGCUGCCAGGUCACCGCCUAAGUCCUUUCUCUGCCAUUUGCUUCUCACUGUUUCACUUAAAGCAAUAAUCUCAUUCAGCAAUAAAAUCAGCAAGCUUAUGGCUAAGAGGUAUCCUUCCUUCUCAUGGACUUGGCUUGAGAAAGUCCCUGGUGGUAAAAGCCUUAAAAAGCACUUAAAGAAAGGAGUUACCUUGCAACAAGGGUUAUGGAGGAGGGAGGGACAGGUGCAUGUCUCUCUAGCAGGGGCUUUGACUACGUCUGGAUACAGCCAUGUUGAGGGACAAAUCAACAAGCUUAUCAUGAAGCAAUCCCCUUGCAGAUCUAUAGCCUCUAGUCACAAAUAGUACCAGCUGCAAUAAAGCAUUCAGUUUGGAGAGAACAUAUGUUUGAAAUGGCAACAGUCCUUUUACCUUGACCUUCAACAGGGCCACAGGGCUUUUUGAUGCUGCAGGAGGCUUAGGUCAGCGUGUUGUUGCAGGGGAAGGGUUUGGGGCAGGAGGAACAGUUACCAUCAGAUUUGGCCGCUGGAGUUUUGCUAGUGUCUGGAAGGAAAAAAGAAAAAAAAAGGAAAAAAAAAGAAAAA